UUAAACGUUAGACAAACUAGACCCGCGAGAGUGCGAUAAAUGAAUAAAAAUCAUCGACAGAUAAUGGCAACAGAUCAGGACCUGGACCAUUGCUUCGAUUUCGCGAUGAAAUUAACAGUGGAAUCGGCAAAGAUAAUCAGGGAAGCCAUCGAGGGUGGCAAGAACAUUGAAACCAAAGCUGGUGAUUGGGAUCUGGUGACUCAAUACGAUAAGAGAGUCGAGGAGGUCCUGAUAACGGGUCUCGCAGAGGAGUUUCCAAAUCACAAAUUCAUCGGAGAGGAGACUGUAUCGAGUGCUAACUAUCUCCCAGCCCUGACCGAUGCUCCAACCUGGAUAAUCGAUCCAAUCGACGGUACAACGAACUUUGUCCACGCUUUUCCACACACUUGCAUAUCAAUAGCACUGACAGUAAAAAGUCAGCUAGAGAUUGGAAUCGUUUACAAUCCAGUGCUGGAGCAGAUGUUCACGGCUAGACGAGGUCGUGGGGCUUAUCUCAAUGGGAAAUCAAUCAAAAGCUCCAGCAUAUCAGAAUUGAAGAGUUCUCUGAUCUGCAUCGAGGCGUCAUACGCAACGAUCGAGGAAAUCAGAGAUAUAGUUCUGGGUAGGCUGGAGGCAUUUGUCUCCGUAGCCCAUGGAAUAAGGACAAUGGGUUCAGCCGCCCUGACCCUCUGCUACGUAGCGAUGGGAGCGGCUGAAGUCUACCACAGCGACAACCUCAUGCCCUGGGACGUUGCAGCUGGUGCUCUAAUAAUUCGCGAAGCCGGUGGAGACAUUAUCGACACAUCUGGGGGUGAUUUUGACCUGAUGAAGCCAAGGGUUUUGGCAAUUGGCAACAGGAAAAUUGCACCAGAGCUCGUUAAACUCGUUCACCUCGCUGAUAAAAAAACACAUCGCAAAAGAACAGCAUAAAAAUUUGAUUUUGUACAUCGUUAAUCGAUUAAUAAACGUGUCAUUAUAAAUCUUUGGAAAUAACCGGCGUCUAGCUGACUAGAUCC